AUGUAGCCAAGCGAUUUAAAUUCAUCUUCAUCAAUGACUCAGUCUUAAACAAGAAAGAGCAGCAGUGAUUCAACUGGAUCCAACACCAGAUGCUUCAAUAUCCAACUUUGUGGCAACUCUUCUGUAGGCAAAACUUCUAUAAUACAUAGAUUAAUCUAUGAUAAUUACCUCGAAAACACAGUCAUAACUCUAGGUGUUAAUUACUAUAAAAAGAAUUUUGUUAUUCAGGGAGAUCCAAUUUCAGUCACAAUUCAUGAUACUUCUGGAUAAGAGAGAUAUAUAGAUAUCACAAAGCAAUCAGUGCGUAAGGCAGACGCAUUAAUCCUAGUUUAUGAUAAAACAAGCGAGCAAUCCUUCCAAGAUCUUGAAAGCCUUUGGAUAUCUCAGUUUGAUAAAAUAAUAGACUUAACUACAAUUCCUCUUCUCCUCAUCGGCAAUAAAUCCGAUUUAUACUCCUAAAAAAAACUUGAGCAAGUUAGUUAUGACUAAGCUGACUAGUUCGCAAGGCAAUAUAACAUGGCAUUCUUUGAAACUUCUGCACUUUCUGGUGCUCAAAUAUAAAAUGCAUUUGAUAGUCUAGUUUAGCGACUCUAUUUAUCAAAUAAGUAAAAAAAUAAUCCUCCAGUUUCAAUACAAAAAAAGAAAAAAAGUUCAAGCGGUUCAAAAAAUAGUUGCUGCUGA